AUGUCGCCGCUGGUGGUCGUCGCGGGACAACGUAGUAGUGGUCCGGCGCUGUGUAUUGCGGUAUUUUUAAUAAUUUCAAAAAAAGUAUUUGGAUUAGAUUUGGAUACAAUCGAAACUAAUGUUUCGUUAACAACUACUAUUGAUUAUGAUAUACCGGUUCAAGAUAUGGCAUCUGAAACUUUGAUGGCUAUUUCACCGUGUCAUCAGUUUGAAACAGAAUUUGAGUUCUACUCUCCGGGUUAUCCUCAACCUUAUCCCAAUAAUACAGAAUGUAUCAGAUUGUUAGAAGCUGGUCCUGGAGAGAUAAUUGAACUUGACUUUAGGGACUCGUUCACCAUAGAACCAAGUAUUGGGUGUAAGCAUGAUCAUCUGGAAAUUCGAGAUGGUCCUUACGGAUAUUCAAUUCCAGCGAAUUACUAUUGUGGAAACCAGUUCCCGCCUAAAAUAAUUUCAUCGGGCAAAUACUUAUGGUUGAGAUUUCGAUCGGACGAAAAUAUUGAAUAUGAAGGAUUCCACGCCGUUUACAAAUUCAUUAAGAAACCCCCACCAGACAUAGAGAAAUCGGAGCUUCCGCCAUGUCGUAAAUUCGUGGAUGGUUCACAGGGUUACAUAAAUAGCACUGAAGUUGACGAUUUAAAGAAUAAAACGCUCGCAAACCAAGUGCCAUUGGAUUGCAUGUGGAUAAUACGAGUAAAACCUGGUUGGAAGAUUCAGCUUAACUUCAAAGAAUUCUCUCUAGAAAAACCUAAUGAUUGCGGCUUGAACGUAGUGGAGAUUUUUUCAAACCGCACAGAUAUGGCUUCGCGGCUCAAAGUGUUCUGUGGAUCGAUAGCUGAAAUGGUACAAUCAUCGGGGGACACGUUGCAUGUACGAUUCUUGGCAGAGGGGAAGGGAGUGAAAUCAAAGUUCUCGGCACUUUACACUGCAUACCGUACCAAGACUAAAGAUGAAGCGUGCGGUAGUGAUCAAUACGAUUGUGAAGACUUAACAUGUAUUGCGUCCGAAUUACGUUGCAAUAAAGUCGAGAAUUGUCGUUUUCGAUGGGAUGAAGACGGGUGUCCGGAAGAAGACAACAGAUUAAUGCAACUAUUUUCAAGUUUUGACAUAAUAGUUAUUUUAGUAGUAUUUUUUUUAAUAUUAUGCGGCAUGUGUUCAGCAUUUAUUACCAAUAUUGUCCGAAAACUUGUGCACGAUCACCGAAUCAUAAAAGAACACAUGCGCCAUUCAAGAGAAGAUCAUUUAGAUCAAAUUGGAAGAAUGCAUGUAACAGAUGAACAAUCACUUGAGGAUUCUGGUGUACAAGGACAUGACUAUCCACAAAGUGACAACAGUAGUCAAACCACCAACCUAAUUCAAAGCAAACAUACUAAUAACAUAUCUAGUUCUGAUUGUUAUGUACCAUCAGGUGACCUUAUUCCAGUGUUAAUGAAACAUGACCCUCCUCGCCUUUAUCCUUCGGUUGAAGAUGAAGAAGGUGAUGGAUUGAUAAGUUCCUAUUCAAUAACAGCAGAAACUAAAGAUAUUGAGUGUCAAACUAGAGAGAGCCUUUUUGACACUUCAGUGGUACCAAAAACUGCUGGCCACUAUAGAGUAAGACCGUCAGAAUCACCUUUCAGACCGCCAUUAGGAUUUUCUACUUUUGGAUAUCGAAAAGAUUCAGACAGUUCCGCUGAUGCAAAGCCAUCAAAAUUUAGGGCUGAAGCUGUUAUUGAAAUGGAUAAAUUUUCGUCAGAAUUAAGUCAAAGGCCUUAUAGUAUUGAAUCAACUAAAUCAGCUCCAGACGUCAUAGUUAUGCAUUGACUAAUAUACCAUUGUAUACAAUAUUACUAUUAUUUUAGUUAAUUAAAAGUAAGCUUCUUGUUAAGGAAAGCCAAAAAUAAACAAAAUGCUCAAUUAAUGAAUUGGACUAAAAUAAAAAUGAUAGUUAUGGAAGAUAAUAUACAUUAAAUCUGAGUACAGUCAAUAUUUUCAAUAAAUUAA